GGUAACACGCGUCAGGGUCAGAAUGCUUUUCUUAUCAGCCCUUUAUCGAAGGCUAGUCAACAGAUGACUUACUCUAGCUUGUUGUUUUUUAUGUGUAAUCUAUUUCAUUAAAACCCAAAUCAUUUUGCCUUUUGGUUCAUGGCUCGAGUCAUAUUGAUUGAUAAGGCUCCGUUUUGAGAACUGGUUUGUCGACAUGCUGAGCCGAGUUUCUAUUUCAAGCCACGGAUUAAAGAAGUUGUUUUGCUGGUCAUCUCAAAUCGUAAAGCUUACACCAGUUUUUAGUUUUUACUUCACUUCAAAUAUCGAAGUCAAGAGCUUUUGGUUCGGCAUAUAUGUAUAUAUGAAGCGACGAAAUAUAACAAACAUACAGAGGGUGAAAAAUUAAAUAGCUUUCUAUAGCCUUAGUGUAACUACAAUUUUACAUGCCUUCCUGUGCACCAUGUGUUAAAUGUACACUACCAAACAUCUACGAUACAACUUCGGAGUGGUUCACAUAUAUCAUCGCUCCCUGGAGGGAUGAAGAAUUCUGCAGCCAGUUUCAAGGUCGACAGGACCUCAUUGCCUAUGCCCAACAACACGGAAUCGAGGUGAGCGCCAAGCCAGCCACUCCCUGGAGCACUGAUGCCAACAUCCUGCACAUCAGCUACGAGUCCGGAAUACUGGAAGAUCCCAAUACAUUGGCUCCGGAAAAUCUCUAUGAGAUGACAGUCGAUCCCCUGACCAAGGCUCCACGGGAGCCGGUUCGCUUGGUUAUUCAAUUCGAUAGGGGACUGCCCACCAGUGUGGAGGAUUUGGCCAGCAGUCGAGUCUACACGAAACCCCUGGAGAUGCUAGAUUUCCUCAAUAAGCUGGGCGGAUCUUAUGGCAUUGGACGGAUUGACAUCGUAGAAAAUCGCUUUGUGGGACUGAAAUCCCGAGGGGUGUACGAGACGCCCGGGGGCACCAUCCUUUUUGCUGCUCACCAGGACCUUGAAGUGUUUUCUUUGGACCGCGAAGUACUCCGCACCAAGCAGGUUCUGCGGGAUCGCAUGGCCGACUACGUGUACAAUGGCUUCUGGUUCAGUCCGGAGGCAAUGUAUGCCCGUAAAUGCAUCGAGUUGGCCGAGCAGCGCGUCUCCGGAAAGGUCACCGUGGAACUGGCCCCUGGAUAUUGCCGUGCAGUCGCCCGAAAGGCGGCCAAGGAUGUGGGAGCUCUUUACAACGAAGAGCUCGUAUCGAUGGACGUCCAUGGCGGCUAUGUGCCGCAGGAUGCGGGUGGAUUUAUCGCCAUCAAUGCGGUCCGAAUCAGGGAACAUGUACGAGCGUUCGGUGCCUACGAAGUGCCAAAGCAGAAAAACUAAACAAAUGAAAGAAUAAAUUGAAGUUACAUAUUUUAUUGGA